AUGGCCGGUUGGACGGAGGUCAAGGCGGUACCAAGGGAGGCCCGAGCUCAGCCUCCUCCGCCGCAGAUCGUCGGAUCUCGUGAGCUCCAGAAAACUGGGUUGGCGAGGGGAGAAGACGAGUCAUCAACACCUGUCACUGAGUCCUGCUCGUCGCUGCGCCCGCUGUCGCACCGCCGAGUCCUGUCCGUUGCUGCUGCAUUAAGCCGACAACCCGCGCUUCUGCUCGCCCGUCGCCGCGCCCUGCCCAUUGCCGCGCCCGUCGCUGCACUUCAGGCCGGCGUCAGCAUCUCCCUCCAGCGAGUUCCGAGCGCGCCACCGUCUUCGCCGGAACACCAGCAGCACCACCUCUACGCCUGCAGCCCGCGCCUCUGCACCGCGCCAUCACUGCGGCUGCGCCUGGUGCCCGACGCCCGCAGCCAGCCUCCGCCUCCGCCUCUGUCCUUGACGACCAGCCGCUGCCACACCUCCGCACCUCUGCCCGCUCGCCGCCGCUGCUGCAACCUGCCCCUCCGCCCGAGCGCCGACGAGACUAUCGCCGUGCCACUAGCCACCGUCUCCGCCCGCGAGCUUGUGUCGCUGCUCCUGCCCAGAAGCCGCGAAGCCGACACCACCCUGCAGCCGAGCCACCGCGCGUCCCUCUUCUUAGCCUCCACAUUCUGUUUGCAGCCCCCCGACGACAGCUCCGCCCGUAACGCUCCUGCUCCGCGUCCGCUCCCAACCAGCGCCUCCUCAAAGCUACCCUGCAGCAGAUCCCGAAUCCUUCCUGCCGUCGCUGCGCCUUCGCCACAGCCGGACCCGAGCCGGACUGCUGCCCCUUUCGCCCCGACGCCCGUUGCUGCUGUCCCUUCACCGCCGCUCCGGGUCCGCCUGCUGACCCACGACGACCACCAGGCGUUGUUCACCGGCCCCGACGAGCUGCUGCUGUCUGCUGCCUCUGCUCGUCCCACCUACGACACCGCUCGCCGCUGCUGCUGUGCCUCUGACCGCCCGACGCCAGUGCCCAACGCCCGCGUCCGAGUUCCGCCCGUGACCCAGCACCCAACGCCGCGUCAUCGUUCCUGCCGUCGCUGCUCGUCAGCCCGUCGCCCUGCAGCUCGAAGCCACGAGCAAAGCUCGCAACCCCACCGCCUUUGCUUCUCACUUGCGAUCGCUGGAGCCCCGCUCCACUUGUAG